ACUCCAAACUUCACAGAAUCGAAAAUACUUAUUCUCUCUCUCUCUCUCUCUCUCUCUCUCUCUCUCCACGCCACCACCAAAACUCUUCGAAUAAUCGAUGCGCCUUUCUCUCAACUGUCAAGAAUCCGCCAUCAAAGCUCUAACACAAAACUUCUGCAAAAUCCAUGGAAAUUCUCGUUCAAACACUAAUUGAAACACCAAACUUCUGCAAAAUCCGUGGAAAUUCUCGUCCAAACACUAAUUGAGCAAACCAAUGAAACCCCAUCGGUCCAUAAACCCCCAUCUCCUCACAAAAACAAAACUUAGAGGCCUCUGCAACUCUCCUCGUCAUUUCCUGGGAGAAGAAGAAGAGAGAGAAAGGGGACUCAUCAGAAUCCUCCAUGAUUUCAUCCAAUGCAAGAAAGAAAAGAAGAAGCGAUGGACAUUGCCUUCCUCUCUUCUGCAACUCUUGAAGCCUCGCCAUGUGGAGAAGCUCCUUAUGGAGAACGCAGAUGAUGCCGCUUCGUCUCUAAGGUUCUUCAAUUACUUAGGUUUACACAAUGGAUUCGAUCACUCUACUCUCUCUUAUUGUAUUCUUGUGCAUUCUUUGGUAGCGUCUAAUCUAGCAUGGCCUGCGUCUUCACUCCUACAAACUCUGAUUUUCCGAGCCCUAAACCCAAAUGAAGUCUUUGAAUCUUUGUUAAUAGCUUAUGAAAGGUGCCACUUUUCGUCGACAUUAGGGUUUGAUAUACUGGUUCAGGCAUACAUUUAUAAUUCUAGGGUUUUUGAUGCUUCUAGGGUUUUGAAAUUGAUUUUGAACCACAGAAUCUUACCUGAUUUGAGGACUUGCAGUGAACUCUUGCAUGGCCUAGUGAGACUUAGGCUUUUUGAUAUGGUUUUGGAGCUUUAUUCCGAGAUUAUAGUAGCGGGGGUUCAGCCUUGUGUUUAUAUUUAUACAGCUGUUAUUCGGAGCUUUUGCGAAAGAAAAGAUUUUUCUGCGGUUAGAGAAUUGGUUAAUGAGAUGGAGGAGAAGAAAUGCACCAACAUUGUAGCUUAUAAUAUCUGGAUAAAUGGGUUAUGCAGAAAUGGUAGAGUUGCAGAAGCCAAUGAAAUCAAGAACAAAUUAUUCGAAAAUGGCUUAUUUCCCGAUGUUGUUACAUAUUGUACUCUUAUUCAUGGCCUUUGUAGGAGCGAGGACUUAGAGUUGGGGGUUCAACUGGUGUAUGAAAUGGUAGAAUUAGGGUUUCUUCCCAAUGAAUCUACUUGCUCUUGCUUAGUGGAUGCGUUGCGAAGAAAGGGGAAGAUUUCAAUGGCUUUUGAGAUGGUAGGUUAUCUUGGAAAACAUGGAAUUAUACCCAACUUGUUUGCCUAUAAUGCACUUAUGAAUUCUCUCUGUAAAAAUGGUAAAUUAGAUGAGGCCCUUGGCCUUUUCUCACAAAUGGAGAAUAGGGGCCUGGUUCCUAAUGAGAUUACUUACUCGAUAGUGAUUGAUUCUUACUGUAAGAAUAGGAGAUUGGAUGGUGCACUUAUUUUGCUGGAUGAAAUGCACAAGAGAGGGAUUAAAGCCACAGUUUAUCCCUAUAAUUCUCUAAUCGCUGGGCAUUGUAAGGUCGGAAAACUUGAGAAGGCAGAAUCUUUUUAUAGGGAGAUGAUGAACAAGGGAUUGGUCCCUAAUGUUGUUACUUAUACUUCAUUGAUUAGUGGGCACUGUGUGAAUGGGGAUUUCGAUAAAGCGUAUAAGUUUCGUUGUGAGAUGUCUGAGAGAGGAGUUUUGCCGAAUGUGUAUACUUUCACUACACUAAUCAAUGGUCUUUGCAGGACUAAACAGAUGCCUAAGGCAGUUAAGCUCCUGAAGGAGAUGAUAGAGCUAGACGUGAAACCAAAUGAGGUUACUUAUAAUGUUAUAAUUGAUGGGUUUUGCAGGGAAGGAAACACGGUGAGAGCAUUUGAGCUCUUUGAUGAAAUGGUUUCCCGAGAAUUGGUACCCGAUACAUAUACCUAUAGGCCUUUGAUAAGCUCGCUUUGUAUAGAAGGCAGAGUUCAAGAAGCCAAAGAAUUUGUUGAUGACAUUAACAGGGAAGGUUUUGGGCUUAAUGAGAUGUGUUAUAGCUCUCUUCUUUAUGGGUUUUGUAGAGAAGGAAUGGUUAGGGAUGCCUUUAAGGUUUGUGAAGAGAUGGUAUCUAAGGGAGUAGAAAUGGACAUUGUUUGUUAUGGGGUGCUUAUUUAUGGUAUCUGUAAGAAACAAGACAUGGUUUCAUUGUUGCACAUUUUGAAGGAGAUGGAAUCUAAAGGAUUGAAUCCAGAUGGAUAUAUAUACACAAUGAUAAUAGACAUGUAUUGCCUUGGAGGAAACAUUUUAGAGGCUUGUAGACUAUGGGAUGAGAUGGCCAUACAUGGAUCUAUCAGAAAUACUGUAACAUACACUGUGAUGAUAAAUGGUUUUUGCAAGGCAGGUGAUUUGGAUAAAGCCGAAUUGCUUUGUAAAGAAAUGGUGGAAAAGAAUGUCUUUCCUAAUGAGAGAACUUUUGGUUGUUUUCUUGACUACCAUGUAAGAGAAGGAAGUAUGAAGGAUGCUUUGGAGUUGCAUAAAGAAAUACUUUCAAGGCUAUUAUCAAACAGUGUCACUUACAAUAUUUUGAUGAAGGGUUUCUGUAAAUUGGGUAGCAUUCGGGGGGCAACCCAACUUCUAACUGAGAUGGUAUCUUAUGGAGUGAAGCCUGACUGUGUUAGUUAUUCAACCCUUCUAUUUCAGUACUGUAAAAUGGGUGAUUUGGAGGAAGCUUUGAGUCUAUGGUAUGAGAUGCUGAGUAAAGGUGUAAAGCCAGACAAGGUGGUGUAUAAUAUUCUUAUUUUUGGGUUCUGUGCCAGAGGAAGAAUAACAGAAGCUUUUGAUCUUCGUGAUGAUAUGAUAAGUAGGGGUAUGUUACCGAAUAUUGGCACCCAUGCGACUCUGAUUCACGGCCUAUGCAAGCUAAAAAGCUUUAAAAAUAUGGGAAGCUAAAGCUCUGGAUCCAUCCUUAAAGAGGAGAUUGGUUCGAAAUGAAAGAGGGGGUAUUUAGGUUUUAAUGGGAUUGUCUACAAAGAGAGUAUUUAUCUUUUGCACAUGGAGUUCACAAUCAUUCUCACUCAUUUUAUAA